GUGUCAACAUCAGCCACAGUAUGCAAUGAGAGAGGGAAGAAGAAGAGGAAGUUUAAAAAGAGAACUGUGGAUUUCUGUUAUUUCCAUUUUUUUCAAAUGGCUAUAAAGAAACUGACGAUUGUGUCUUUGUGUGCUUUUAUUUGAUUUUUCUGGGUGAUAAUGGAUUCUCCAUCACAAGACAGUGUACCUGGCUAUGAGACGAUGCCAACAGAGGGUGGAGGUGGAUUCCUUCCCCCUCCUACGUUGUCCGACCAACAACCUCAACCUGAAACUCAACCAUCAUGUCCAAACUGGGAUGUACCUGGCUAUGAGAAGAUGAUCACAGAGGGUGGAGGUGGAUUCCUUCCCCCUCCUACGUUGUCCGACCAACAACCUCAACCUGAAACUCAACCAUCAUGUCCAAACUGGGAUGUACCUGGCUAUGAGAAGAUGCUAAUAGAGGGUGGAGGUGGAUUCCUUCCCCCUCCUAUGUUGUUCGACCAACAACCUCAACCUGUACCUCCACCAUCAUUUCAAAACUGGGACUUCCCAUCUCUCAGCAAGGAUGAUGCUCAACAAGCCUUCAUCCAGUAUGCAUCAAAUAAACGCUGCUACAGCACGAAGCCAGCAGAGCAGGGAGUGAUCACCAAUAUGGAGUCCUUCGAUACAUACAGGUAUCGCCUGGUGACGUUUACUGAGACACGAACUACAGAGAGGAGUGAAAGGCCGCACUAUGGUGAGAAAAUAGACAACAGUGGACAAACCCCGCCCGGGCCGUGGGAGAUUCCAGUUAAUGUUCCCCCAUUUUUUCAGGAUGACAGUCACAUCGUUGAGAUUCCACACACAGCAUCUGUGAUGGUACAAGACGAGAUGCUUCACUGUUCUGCUAGUGGAUACACAACCUGCGGUUCCUGUGGCGGGCUUGGAAGGAGAAUAUGCAGUGGGUGUGGUGGGCUUGGUACUGUCUAUUAUGGUCAAAACAGGCAGUUUUGCAUCGUCUGUGGUGGAAGUGGGAGGACAAUUUGUUACCUAUGCGGUGGCACAGGUGAGACCACAUGUGAUGUCUGCUCAGGCCAGAAAAUGGUCAUAGCCGCCCUCAACCUUGUUGUGAACUGGCAUAACGAUGUUGAAGAACACACUGUUGAACAAUCCAGUGGUUUAAAGAUGUCCAAACUGGACAAUGUGCCUGGAAGGGAGUUGUUCACAGACUCUAACUACAUGGUUUAUCCAGUCACAAACUUCCCUGACCCAACUGUGGUACAAGUCUCAGAAAGGCUACUGAGAGAGCACCAAGACAAGUAUUUGAAAUAUUCACGCAUUUUGCAGCAGCGUCAAACCAUUGAGCUGCUUCCUAUUACCAAGGUAACCUACCAAUGGAAGGGAGAGUCGUAUGUGUUCUUUGUGUACGGGAGAGAUUUCAAAGUCAGUGCUGUGGACUAUCCUGCUGCCUGCUGCGGCUGCUGCUGCCCAAUUAUGUGACUCAGCAUCACCUUGCCCAUGAUUUAUGAAUUUUUAAUGAUUUCAUCAGAACAUUACAGUAAGAUUAAAAAACUUACAUUAUAAUUUGGAAAAUUCUAAUGUAAAUGAUAUAAAUAAAUUGUUAUACUUUAGAUGGUAGUUGUCAUUAUUGCACUUAAUUCACUAACACAUAUGGAGAUAAUAUCUAAACCUUUUUUGAGUCAGAGUUUAUAAAUAUGAGGGUGAUGAAAUUCCAAUUGUGACUAGAAUUGAGACCCAAGAUAAGGAGGCUAAAUUGAUGUCAACACAGGAAUUACCUGUGCAGUAAUAACUGUAUGUGUUUUUGGAAGCUUUGGAGGCUUGGCUGCUGCAGCGGGUGUAACUCUGUCGACCCAUACGUACAUAUUGCCAAACGUUUCAGAACACCCCUCCGAAUCAUUGAAUUCAGGUGUUCCAAUUACUUCCAUGGCUACAGGUGUCUAAAAUCAGUGGAAGCGAUUGGGAACAGCAGAAACUCAGCCACAAAGUGGCAGGCCACAUAAAAACACAGAGAGGGGCCAGCGCAUGCUGAGGAGCACAGUGUGUAGAAGUCACCAACUUUCUGCGGAGUCAACAGCUACAGACCUCUAAACGUCAUGUGGCCUUCGGAUUAGCUCAAGAACAGUGCAUAUAGAGCUUCAUGGAAUGGGUUUCCAUGGCCGAGCAGCUGCAUCCAAGCCUGACAUCACCAAGUGCAAUGCAAAGCGUCAGAUGCAGUGGUGUAAAGCACGCCUCCACUGGACACUAGAGACGUGGAGAUGUGUUCUCUGGAGUGACGAAUCACGCUUCUCUGUCUGGCAAUCUGAUGGACAAGUCAGGGUUUGGCGGUUGCCAGGAGAACGGUACUUGCCUGACUGCACUGUGCCAAGUGUAAAGUUUGGUGGA